GUCAGGCUGUCCUUUUUUACCUCAUGGUUUCUUUAUACCAGCGUCAAAUCUGUUUUUCCAGUAGAAAACGGCUCUGACACUCUUGGGUCUCGGCGAAAAACUUGGCUAGUCAGCUGUCCUUCUCCGUCUCCGUCAGCAGCUCUUGCGCUCGACUUAGCGCGCCCAAAUGCUAUGAAUAGCCCUUCCGCCGCUACAGGCCCUGCCCUGCGUCUCAUGACCCCCUUGACGUACAUCUUAUCCGGAGAAAUGUGGUCUAUAUGUCUUGCGUGAUAAUUCUAGACCCCGUAUAAGCCCCACCGCGAACUGAGAGUUGGAUAGGUCCCCACGAGCUCGACUCCGCCAUGGCUGCCGAUGAACGCAAGAAAAGGAGAGAGACGUCGAUGUCAGAUGUCAAGGAGGCUGUAGAGAACAUCGAAGAGAUCGGGCGCGGCACAUCCUCACCUGCCGUUCCUGCGCUUGGAGCGCUGGCGAAGGCAGCGGCAACAGACCGUGCGCUCUCGCCGCUGCAGGCCAUCCGGCUGUAUUGGCGGGCCUUCUUCUGGUGUCUGUUCAUGUGCAUCGGUGCUCUUCUUGCAGGGUACGACGUUCAGAUUACGGGAGGAUUGCUGAGUGUGCCUUCGUUCCGCCGUGACUUUGGGUUCGAGUCGGGCGGGCAGUACAUUCUUGCUGCAUCCUGGCAGAGUGCGUUCAACAGUGCAAGCUCGGUCGGGUGCAUGCUUGGUGGUCUGUCCGUCGGUAUCAUAUCCGACAAACUCGGACGUCGCGGGACCGUGGGGAUCUGUGGCAUCAUCUCUCUCGUCGGCAUCUUCAUCCAGUUCUUCACCCCGGCGCAUAACAAUGGGAUGCUCGUGGCGGGCAAAUUCAUCAACGGCAUAUCGUUGGGGAUCUACGUCGCAACGUCUAGCUCGUACUGCGUCGAGCUCUCCCCGACUGCACUGCGCGGGAUCACGACGGCAGCCGUCAACCUCUGGGUCGCAUUUGGUCAGCUACUCUCGAACGCGGCCAUUCGAGGCGCAGGCGCUCGCACGGAUGCGUAUGCCUACCGCAUACCGUUCGCCACCCAAUUCAUCUUCCCCGUCAUCCUCCUGCUUGGCCUCCCCUUCGCACCCGAGUCGCCGUGGUGGCUCGUGCGCAAGCACCGGAUGGAGGACGCACACAGGGUCAUUGCGUGGGUCGGAGGCGCGAACGCGCAGGCAGUCGCGGAUACCGAUACGGACGUCGACCUGCAGCUGAGGCAGAUCCGGGAGACGAUCGAGCUGGAGGAUUAUUACGCCCGGACAUCGCGGUUGUGGGACCUGUUUCGCGGUGCUAACCGCAGACGGACUGCGAUCUCGUGCAUGGUGUUUGUCGUGCAGCAGUCGUCCGGAGUGACGUUCGUCAUCGGAUUCAGCUCGUACUUUUUCGAGCUCGCGGGAUUCUCCGAUAACGCCUCGUUUGAUCUUGGUCUCGUUGUCACCGCUGUCGGCGUGGCAGGCAACCUGCUCGUGCUGUAUACGCUAAAUCGGUUCGGCCGUCGCACGAUAUGGAACGCAAGCCUGUACGGAUGCGCAUUUGUGAACCUCCUGAUCGGCUUCUUGUCAAUACGCACCACAGAGGGAACGAGGCUUGGUGUCGUUGCGUUUGUCAUCAUCUACCUGUUUAUUUACCAGGCCGGGCUGGGACCCCUCGGAUACACCAUAUACGCUGAGGUCCCGUCUUCCAAACUGCGAUCGAAGGCAGUCGGCAUGGGUAUCCUGACAAACCAGUGCUGUACCAUGAUUGUAAACAUCGUUGUGCCGUAUCUCGUGAAUCCUGACGAAGCAAACCUGAACGGAUACGUCGGGUUCAUUUUUGGAGGCUUUGCUGUUCUCGGAAGCAUAUGGUCCUGGUUUUACAUCCCAGAGACUAAGGAUCGUACGAUCGAUGAACUUGAUGUAAUGUUCGAGGAAAGAGUGCCAGCGAGAAAAUUUGCUUCUUAUACGUUUAAGAAAGCUGAUUUAUGA